UAUGAAUUCCCAAAUAACAUCAUUUCCAACUACAUCUAAACCAAUCCUAUUUCUUCGCCAAGAAGAACACAAGAACGAACUGCAACCAUGAGCUGGCUUUUCGGGUUUGCGGACUCCGCCACGGCCGCGGAGCCGGCCCCCAUCUCCCGGCUCCGGCGCACAAAGCUCGACGUGGAGUUUGGGAUUGAAUGCGACUACCUGGUCGUUGGCGCCGGUCUGACCGGUCUUGCCUUCGCUGAUGAGCUCGCGACGCUGAACCCCCGCGCGAAGAUCGUCAUUGCCGACCCGAACCCCGAGCCGGGUGGCGCGUGGGUGAACGCGUACGAUUUCGUGCGCCUGACCUGUCCCCGCGAGGACUAUGGGGUGAACAGUCUGCCCUUCAACGCCGUCACGAAUUUCGACGCGAAAAUCGACGCGGGAACCGGACAACCGAAAAUGUCGACUACGAGCGGGAGUGCAGCAGCAGAAUCUGCUGUGCAAGCAAAACCGGAGGAGCGCGCCAGCAAGCGCGAGGUGCUGCGGUACUGCCGGUCCGUGGCCAAGCGGCUGGAGCGAAAGGGAAAUGUCCGGUUUUUCUUCCAGGCCGGCUACAAGGGCGCCUUCACAGCGGGAACAUCAACGCCGGCGGAGAUUUUUCAUUUGGUGGAAAUCAAAAUCGAGGGCGAGCGGGUUAUUUUCGACGAAGGCUUGGGUGGAUCUUCAGCCGGUGAAACAAGCUUGUAUCGAACGCAGCCGAAGGUUCUGCACCUCGACGAAACCACCGGGAAACCGGUGCCGGAAGUGUCCACCACGCGGUCCUUUUUGAUGGCGCGCGUGAAGUUUCAGGUGGUGGACGCCACAGGGGACAUGUUGGCGGCCCGGACCGGGCAGCUGCACGGGGGCAUCGUGGGGGUUCGCGUGUCCCCCGACCACUACGACGUGAAGUUGUUACCGCCCAAGCAGUAUGGGUUGCAAAAAUGUCUUGAUCUGGAAGAUUGCAACUUGUAUUGUAAUGCUGUCUUUGGAUUCCAAAAAAAUCUGUAUUGCGUGACCAGCAACAGGACUCCAGUGCGUGUUACGUGGAGAGGGCAUUUCCCAUGCGGAAUAGGCAUCAGGAAGCCCUCCAAAAAUCUGUGAUGCUGAGGCAUGCAUUGCAGGCAUCAUGGAUCAUACAAAAUACGCAUGACAAACCUGGUAAUGUUCCAGACCCAGACAGCAGUUUUGCAUUUGAUAAGCAGUUCGCGUGGUUGACGACCAACGCGCUGCGCGGAAACGACCCGUUGACCGAGCGUGAACCGCACCGCCAGGACUACGCGGAACGGAAGAGGAAAACCGGAUUUCAGCACUUGGCGCACCGGAUUGUCGUGCAGUACGACCAGAACCAGAAGGGCGGCGCUGGCGGACGAGCAGGUCGCGGCUCUCAUGCGAUGAACAAGAAGAAGUCGCCCAAUUCAUCUGGAGCAGGAUCUACUUCGUUGGUUGUACCGGCUGGUGCAAGAAGUAGAGCUGGUGCUCCCGGAGUAAACUCCCUGGUCUUGACAUCUUCCAGUUCAGAUUUGACCAGUGCAGGAGGUGGAGAGGACAACAACUCCACGACUUCCGGAAGUGACGGUGGAGGAGCUUCUCCUGGAGGUCUCACUGCCCGCGCUCAGAACGCAGCCGCGACUGCGACCCGCGGAAAUGAGAUGAACCACGAGGAGGACUUCGAGGACGAGACAGCCUACACGUCGCAGAAACAACAACUUUUUGAAAACACGAGGUGGAAUGAGCGGGAACUUCUUGAACACAACAGCGAGAUGAACCAUGAUAUGGAUUUCUACGACGAGCAAAAUUACGACGGGAAUGCGUACGAUGCGGAUCUGCAAAACCUGAUCGACUACGAGGCCUCCGAAACCAGCGACCUGAGUCCCGCACUAGUACAACAUCAUCAUAACUUCGAAGCUGUCACGCACAACUCGUUACAGGUAGAAACCACGAGUAGCGAGGUGGAGGCGGUGCAGCAUCAGGAUCAGCAAGAACGCACUGGUACUCUGGUGAACACCGGCACGACGACCGGGACAGCCGGCGAGUCGAAUACAACGUUUGAAGAUGCUGGAGCUAAGAUGAGGCCCAUGAUCUUCAGUACAGAAGACCGGAUGUUGCGCAAAGAUUCGCAACCCGCGCUUGCAGCUCCACACCAAGAAACUACAAGCAUUCCGCGUACGGUAAGCGCGUUGCGCAACGCCUCGUCGAUAUCCCCCAGAAAAAGACCGACAGGUCAUAUUUGUAAUGCAAAAAUAAAUAGACAAAAAAAUCUGUAUUGCAUGCCCUAAACAGGAUGUUAUGGCCUCGCCCAUGACAGAUUUUCCUGUGUAUUUAUUUUUGCAUUACAAAUAUGACCUGUCGGUCUUUUUCUGUGGGAUAGUCGACCAUGUCGCCAAAGAACAUUUUUGCGCUGCACGACGGCGUAUCCUGUGCAAAAGUAUCGUACUCGUAGUAAUUGCAAACAUGCAUUACAAAUCUUGUUCGCAAGCUAAAUCCGCAUUACAAAUUUUAUUUCUCAUUCUGAGGAAAUUUGUAUUGCAAUUAUACGAAUACGAUACUUUUGCAAUGCAUACGGCGCCGCAACGCCCGGGGGCAACAAAGAUUUCCGAACGUCGGGAAAGGAUACCUUGGUGAAAACCACAUCGGAUCUCUUCCGGGGCACAAAUUAUACUAACCGAAGCGCAGGUGUUUCUACUUCUCCUGCAAGCGUCAAUACUGCCACGGCCACCGCUAGUGCAGCUGCUCCCUCUCGCCCAGUGUUCGCGCUGCCGAACCCGCAGCCGCAAGAGCGCGACCGCCCCCCAAGGGGGCGGCAGACGGAGACACUGUUGAGUGGCGCGGAGGAUUCGAAUGCAACUGGGGGGUACGACCCCCUUCAGAAAUUUGUUAACCCGGGCGGGAGGAGUAGUGCUGCUGCUAUGUCUAACUCUAGUCCACCUGGUGCAGCAGCAGGUUUCAGGCCAACAUCAUCUGUGUUCAAUGCCACUGCGCAAAAUUACCGCCCAGAAUCGUCUACUUCGUUCGGCGCUGUAGUUACUACACAACGGCACCAAGGCGCGUUCCACAAAAAUCACCCAACCCCCACGGUGCAGGCAAAUUCAAUUCCGCCGAAGAAGCAGCCGCUGACGACGCUGAGUGACUUUCUGCAACCGGCACUGCAGGGCCAAACGGGAACGGUUGCGGAGAAAAUCGGAUCGCCCAAGCCGCCGCCGCGACAGUAUCUCUCGGCACUGGAGUCCCUACCGGGCUUCAUGACGACGCUACCCGACGUCCUUUCUUCGUCCAGCAGUGAGGACGAGGAAAUACUAAACGCUACUAGUGCUGACAAUAAACACAAAUCCGACGCGGACCGACGCUCCACCACCGACGGGGGUAACAACACGACGACUUCUGCGGCGGAGGAAAAUUCCUCGAAAGACACAGGAAAAAUGUCAAACGAAAAGAACAAAAAGACGCGACGUGGUGGGACCACGAUCGGUGGUACUACAACUACAUCAACGGCGAACACCAAGAAAUCGAAACUUGUGAUGCUGCACGACCAAGUGUGGACGUCGAAAUCCCUGGAAGACGCCCUGGUCGCUCCGCCGACGGACAACGCCGCUAGUUACAUCGUGAUUGGGGGCGGGCAAACCGGGGUGGACUGCAUUUCGGAUCUGAUCCUCCGGAAAAACGUGGAUCCGGACCAAAUAACCUGGAUUCUGCUCCCGAACGUCAAUUACCGCAUCGACUUGUUUGACAAGGUUGCCCGAGCGGCGGGCAUGUUUAUGCGCGGGCAAUCUGCGAUGGAUCUUCUCGACGAGGAAAAGAACAAAAACAACGACGCCACUGGAGGUCAAAAGCAGCAGCAGCGUCGCGAGCUGGGAAAGACGACCACUUCGUCCCCAAACUUACCGACCACGACGAUCACGGCUGUUCUCACGAAGCCGGAGAUGCGGGCGUGCAAGCAAGUGCACCAGAUCCUGUACGGAAAGCCGACCCGGUUUGUGGACAAGGCGGGCGAGGCGAAUUCCGUCGUGGAGAUCCACUUCGAAAGCGGCCGCGCCGUGGAGUUGUCCCACGACGGGCGCGUGCUGGUGUUGGACUGCGCCUCUUCCGUGCACGACCGGGCGACGGCCGCCAGCCUGGAGAUCGAGCGCGACGGCGCAUUAUCCUGUGCAAAAGUAUCGUACUCGUACUAAUUGCAAAUAUGCAUGACAAAUUUUCUUCCUAAGGUAAAACAGCAUUACAAAUUCCACUUCUCUUCGUGCCAAAAUUUGUAAUGCAAUUUAUACUAGUACGAUACUUUUGCAAUGCAUGCGCAUCGGUGGAACGGGUGUGGACCACCGCACCGGUGCUGCAUCACGCGAUUGAGGGCGCAGGAUCAUCUUUUUCGGGGGGCAACAUUUUGUCGGGAAGAACAAAUAACGAAACAUCUGCUGUGGCCUCGAAAAAACCUCCCGCAGCUACUGCUUCUUACUUUCCCUUCAGCUUGCUGACAUCCGUGCCUGAAAAUGAGGACGAGGAGCAUCAGCCUGACGAGGAGAACCAGAACCAGUCCAACACUAGUUCCUCGUCUCUGAAUUCCGGGAAUCCGGAGUACCAAUUCUCCAACGCGAAAUACAUCAAUCUCCGGUCCCUCACCCACGUUGCGCCGCUGAACCAGCACUGUUUCCUGGCUACCGUGAUCGCGUUUCUCGAUAUGACAGUGCACAACUCCCCCUCUCCCUCAUUUGUCAUGCAAAAUCCCAAAUCCAGUCGCUUCCCUGUCCCUGUGGCACUGUUUGCAUGACAAAUUUUGAAAGCCCAAACAGUACUGCAGUAGGCACAUAAAUUUGUCAUGCACAGGCUCCAGGGUCGCUGGUGUUUGUAUUGCUGUUCAUGCAAUACAAAUGAGGGGGGGCUGGAGUUAUGCACUGUCAUACCCGAAACGGGGCUCCAGGACCACGACUUCCAAACCGCCUGGGAAAUUCUGCACGACGAAAUUUCCCUGUCCGCCGCCGAGGCGCACCAGGGCCUGGACGCGGAGGAACGUACACAACGCAAGUUCCGCGGCCCCUGGAGCGUGUGGGAGCGCCGGGUGCUGCACUACCUGCACAAAUCGGUAUUGGAGAAGGCGAUUUUCCCUGGAGAACAAAACCAGCGGCCCCCGACGGUCGCGGAGGUAUUUGUGUUGCAGGCGAACGUGCGGAACAUGCUGGUUUUGCCGUUUCUCGUGGUAUCAAUUGCAAAUAUGUCUGGGUCUGGAAGGUGGAAACUUGUCAUGGUAAAUCUGAAGCAUGCAAAAAUCUGUGUUGCAUGAGUGCCAAAAGCUGUCCACUUUUGACCAAGGUGGAAGGGAGUUUCUCACGCAGGAUAGGCAUGGCAGAGACCUCGCAGAGUCUGUCAUGCUAAGUCCCGCAUUCCAGACCCCAUGGGUCAUGGAAAAUCUUCAUGACAAGAUUACACUUUUCCAGACCCAGACACUUUUGCACUACUUGAUACGUGGUAGGAGAUGACAACGCGUUUUACCAGCACAAAAGCUCCAUGUCGGCUCCUCGCGGCGGAGGUGGUUUUCUUGGGCGGUCUGGAGCAACGUCUUCCAAUGCCUCCGCAACAAGCAGCCACAACAAAUUGCGAUCCGGACUCUUCAACACGAAACUGCAGACCCACGGCGCCGCGUCCAACAACCUCGGGUCGAAUUUGCUGGACCCGCUGUGUCACACGCCGGCCUUUCGCGUCAUCGCGGCGUUGACGCACUACUUGCCGGUCGAGGUCUUCAACAAUUGGGUGAAGUCGAAAAACUAUCACAGUUUGACGUCGGAACAUCAGCGGGGGGAGGAUGCUGAAAGAAAUGCGGGUGCCUCUCUUACAACGGUGCCUGGAGCAGCGAGCUCUCCCUUUGCCCCUCCGGCGCGCACUAAAACCGCGCCGAAAAAACCCGGCCAGAAGCUGCCGAAGCGGUUGUUUCCCCUCCACCGGCCGGCGCUGAUGGAGCGGGUGGCAGGACAUAUCCUGAGUAAAAACGUCCCCACACCAGAGUCAGGAUGUGGAUGGGGAUUUUGCAACACAAACCUAGGAGCUUUGUGAGUCACGCAUGA